AUGGCAUCAUUUCCUUAUCUUCAUUUUUUGUUCUUUUUAAUGAUCAGCAUCACUCUGUGCCCGUUAUCCUCGCAUGGAUGUCGCGAAGCGGAAAGAACAGCUCUACUAGAUAUCAAAUCUAAUGUGGUCGACCCAUCAGGUCGCUUGGCUUCAUGGCAAGAAAGCAUCCAACAUAAAAACUGCUGCAGUUGGUAUGGAAUUAAGUGUUCAAGUGAGUCUUUACAUGUCAUAUCCAUCGAUCUUAGAAACAAAGACUAUGAAAUGUCCUAUUAUGAUACCUACUCUACCAAGCCAGUACCUAAUACUGCAAUCCGAGGUAAAUUAUCUCCUUAUCUAUUCAACAUUACUCAUCUGGAGUAUCUUGAUCUUGCCUUCAAUGAUUUUCAGGGAUCAGAAAUCACAAAUCAGUUUUCUCAUCUAACAAAACUAGCUCAUCUUGAUCUCUCCUAUUCAAACUUUGAAGCGUCAAUCUCGACACAAUUCAGUAACCUAACACAUCUACAAUACCUCGAUCUAUCAUGCUAUCUGCCGACUAGGAUCGAGAGUAUACACCCACAUACUUAUACCACCUCGUGCUUAAAAUCACCAUCUACAGAAUGGGUUGAAGGUUUAGCAAAUCUCCAGGCAUUAAGGGUGAGUGGAAUUGAUCUAUUUGAGGCCACAUCUUCAUCAAAAGAGAGUUUUUUCCAACAUAUUUCAUAUCUUUGGAAUCUUAGGGAUCUUGAUAUAUCCCAUUGCAAUCUAUCCGUCCCAGUUUUCCCAACACAUAUGUUUCAAAAUCUUUCCCGUCUAUCCUCUCUAAAAAUGGGUCACAAUUUUUUCCAUUACCCAAUACAAUUAUUACAACUGGCGAAUGUAACUUCACUUUCUACUCUUGACUUGUCUGAAUGUUAUUUACAAGGUUCAGUUCCUCAUCUUCCACACCUUGAAGAGCUUGAUGUGAGUGAUAACAAUGAACUUCACUGUGACCUGAGUAGUAUGUUUGAAAAUAGUUGGCCCAAACUACAACAACUUCAUAUAUCAAGGACUAAUGCAUCUGGAUCAAUCCCGAGUUCGAUUUCGAAUAAGGCACCGCUAUUAGUAUAUCUUUCUGCCACUGAGUGUUCAAUUCAAGGAUCUUUACCUUCUUCAAUCUCCAAUCUAAAUUACCUCAACUAUCUCCAUUUGUCUCACAAUAACAUCCAAGGACCCAUACCACAAUCAAUUUGUGAGAUGUUUUCUCUUCGGCACCUUGAUUUAUGGUCUAACAAGUUAACAGGAACCAUACCAACCUGUAUCCCAAACCUCCGAAAUCUUAGUUUUAUUAAUAUUGCCGAUAACUCAAUUAGAGGAAAUGUUUCGUUGAUGUCUUUAAUCAAUGAACUGAACCUAACUUACCUGGGUCUGGGUUCAAACAAAUUAACAGUAUUUAUAGAUCAACACCUAUAUCCAUCUAAAUUUGUACUAGAGGGUUUAGAAUUGAGAUCAUGCAAUCUGAGAGCAUUUACACCUACUUUGUUUUGUAAUUUUACACAUUUGAGCAGUUUGGAUUUGUCUGAUAAUAACCUCAUAGGAGUUAUCCCUUCUUGCAUCUCCAAACUCAAAAAACUCAAUACCUUAAAUUUGUCUAACAACAGACUUCACGGCCCUCUGCCUCCUCUACCUCCAGGUGUCAAUGAUCUUGAUUUAUCAAAUAAUAAACUUUCAGGUUCACUUCCUUCUUCAUUAUGUUCACAAAAAAAAGGAAUGUCAAACACUAAAUUGAAAUACAUUAACCUCUCCCAAAACAAAUUAUCUGGCAUUAUACCCUCUAGCAUAGGACAUUGUAGUUCCCUUUUUUAUCUAAAUCUGGGAGACAACAAUCUCACUGGAAAUGUUCCACAUGAACUUCAAAAAGCACAAGGUUUGAUGUAUCUUUCUUUGAGUGACAACAAUCUCGAUGGUAUGUUUCCUAUGUUCAUCCUAAAACUUUUGUCUUUGAAUGUUCUCAACUUAGGAAAUAACAAAUUUGAAGGUAUUCUACCCACUGGUCUUGGGUCACUCAAUUACCUUAUAAUUCUUUCUUUGAGGUCAAACAGAUUCAAUGGGUACAUUCCUGAAGAGAUUGUCCACUUGAAGUAUCUUCAAAUACUAGAUUUAUCGCUAAACAAUCUCUCAGGUCCAAUUCCUACAAAACUAGGAAACUUGACGACCCUAACAAGUAAGUUAUAUGGACUCACUGGAAUUUUAGUGCCAAUAACGCCAGGUAUUUAUAGCGUGUACACUGCGCAGUAUCAGUUGACUAUCAAAGGCACCAUGGCCCAAUUUGAUCAGUCUAACAUCUACAAUACUGGAAUCGAUCUAUCCUGUAACAUUCUUAAUGGAAACAUUCCAGAAGAGAUUGGGUUAUUACAGGGACUUGGUAUGCUUAAUUUGUCACAUAAUCUUUUGUCAAGUAAUAUUCCAGCGAGUGUCGGAAAUAUGUCUAGUUUAGAGUCUUUGGAUUUAAGUUCCAAUAGACUGUCUGGACAUAUCCCACAAUCUUUGACAUCCAUCGACUCCCUUCAGAUUCUAAGCUUAUCUCAUAAUAAUUUGAGCGGCAGGAUUCCAAGAGGAAAUCAUUUUGAUACGCUAAGUGUGAAUGGGUCUGCUUUUGUUGGGAACGAAUUACUCUGUGGGUACCCUAUGGAGAACGAAUGCAACGGUGACCAUAAUAUUAGUACCAGUGAUACUAAUCCUCCAAGUAAAGUUGGUGAAGAUAAUCAAGAGGAUGCAAAGGAGAAGUUUUUGUUAUAUGCUAUUGUUUCCAUGGGGUUUGUAGUGGGAUUUUGGGGUUUUUUCUUUGUUUUGCUUCUAAAGAAACAGAAUUGGUGGUUUCCAUAUUGGAGAAUUGUUGACUCUAUUGCAGUUAAAAUAGUAGAAGGAUGUAUUCACAAAAAUUGA